AUGGCUCAGCAUCGUCCAGCAGAUAGCAGAUAUCCCCCCGAUUCCUACCGGUCCCGGUUCGACGACCGAGACGGCCGCAUGUACGACGACCGCGCCUACUCGCGAUCCCGUUCUUUCUCUCCCCCCGAUGCCCGUCCACGGUCUACGGAUCGCGGAUACGUUUCGCCCGGCGGUACACGCUCCUCCCUGCAUGAGGUGACUACAGAGGCCGAGACCGGGAUGACUACCGUCGUCGCCCCUCACGCUCUCCGCCGCCACGACGUGGCCGGACGAGAUACAGGGAUCGCGACCGCGAGGGAUAUCGCUCCCCGGGAUAUGACAGUCGCAGCAGAAGCUACAGUCGGAGUCGCAGCCGUAGCCGUAGCCGCAGCCGCAGCGUGCGUCGCGGCCGUCAUUCGCACUAUGCCCGUUGUGCCUGUCGUUGAGACCAUCAGCUGCGCCACCUUUCCUGCCACUCUUCUGGAAGACAUGAAGCUGAGACGUGGAUGUCGCCGGGCGUACGCUCCGGUCGAUGCGUUGGACAGAUCUCGAGUGAACUCAAAGAAUAUUACCACGUGGAAGGCCUUGAAGACGUCCGAGUCAUACGGGAUAGACAGACCAAUAUCGCGCCAGAUAGGUUUUCUCCGCUUUUACAGUCUAGACGAUUCUCGCGCGUUUAUGGAACGCAAUGCCCCUGCCAUCUAUCUCUAUGGACGAAACGCCGGGAAUGGUGACCGUGGAGCUAAAGUUCGUAUAGCAUACAGCCGCGAAAGAGAAGAUCGCCGGGGUAGGGCCGAGGCCGAAUGGACGUGCAAAAUCUGCGGAUUCGACAACUUCGCAACGCGUCAGAAGUGCUUUCGCUGCCAAGCUUUGCGUGCAGUCGCGGAAGUGCCUUCUGGGAGCAACGCUCCCCGCGUCGCAAACAAUGGUGACAACGAUGUUGCCACUGACAAUACACCGUCCCAGUUCCUUCUAUUCAGAGGGCUGGAGGCCUCUGUGACCGAGGAGCUGUUCGCCAAGGGCGUCACAAAGCUCUACAAGCCGUCCAGUAACAAUGCCCAAGGCCAAGGACAAGGCGAAGGACAAGGCCAAGGCACUUCUAGCGCCCAGAAGAAGGGUGCCAAAGUCGCUUCGACCACUGGUGAUUCCAAUUUGGGAGCGCGAGAAGGCUCUCUGCGCCGAGUUUUGCUAGUGCGCGACCGUAAAACCAACGAAAGUUGGAGAUAUGGGUUUGCUGAAUUUGCCACCGUCGCGGAUGCGCAAGCUGCGUUGACCCGCCUUAAUUCGUUUGAGAAAUUCACCAUCUCAUCCAAGCCGGUUCUCGCGAGCUACAUCCAUGCAGGCGUUUUCGUUCCUGUCCCCAAUCCUACGCCGAGUACGGCAAGGUUUACCUUCAGUCCCUUGAAUAACCCUGAUAUGAAGCUGGCGUAUUGGGAUGAAGAUGCCUACGUGACGGAACUGGUGGUAUCAACUGCGGAGCUAGACAAUCCCGGCGGAAAGCAAAAAAGUGCCCAGGCCUCGGGUCAAGCAAAGGCUGAAAAAGAUGCCGAAAAGCCCAAGAAAAGGAAAGCCGAUGCAGGAACUAGUGGUGCGGCCGGAAAGAAGUUGGCAGUACCGUCGCAUCUUCAGUUCUGGAGUGAGCGCCACGCAGAGCUGCACGGGCUUCAAAAGAAGGACGGUGAUGAGCAAAACGCGGGCGAAUCGGUGUCCAACGCUGGGUCUGACGGCGGGGUGCCUACGGAUCCUGCAGCUCCUCCGAGUCAGUCUUAUGCUGACCCGAAUCGGAAUUGCUGCUACCUCUGCAUGCGUCAGUUCAAAUCGAUGGCGGAGGUCAACCGACACGAGCGCCUGAGUGAGCUGCAUCGCAAAAAUUUGCAGAGUGAGGAGUUGAGGGCCAAGGCGAUGGCUAAGCUGGCGAAGCAUGGUGUCCAGCUGCCAACGACAGAGUACCGGGAUCGUGCGAAGGAACGACGACAGGCGUUCGGAAGUUCGAAACCAUCUACGAAGCCCAAGCCGUCUGGUCCAUCUAAGGAGGAGGAAGCGCCAGCUGCCCCUCAGGCACCGUCCAAGGGCGCAGCCCUGCUGAGCAAGAUGGGGUGGUCUGCUGGUUCGGGGCUGGGCGCUCAGGGCACUGGUGUGACUGCACCGAUUGCAACAGAGGUCUACGCUCAGGGAGUGGGACUUGGUGCGCAGGGCAGUAAGCUGGGCGAUGCAGCUGAGGAAGCAAACCGAAACACGCGGAACCGGUACGAUGAGUUUCUGGAGCGGACCAAGGAUUUGGCUCGCGAGCGGUCAAUCAGUUAUAUCUAUCUCAGAAGUAAAAGCGGAUACAUCAUUCCAACAUCGUCAGAGUCAGCUAGACUGCAAUUCAUUCCAUGCCAUGACAUCUAUCCCGUCUUCUCGUUCGUCGUGGCUGUUUUGUUUGUUAUGCCCGUGGUCGUUUCGUUGACGGCCCGUGCAUUAGGACGACGGGCGACGGACGACAGAUAG